CAGUUUUGUGUUUACAGACAUAUUCAUCAAAAGCUAUUCUAUGAUAAUUUGACUUUACCAUUAGUGUGUCAUGCGCAGCGCAUGUGCAAAUACUUAAACGAAGGACAGAUGAAGAGUCAAUUGCGACUUUCUGGUAUGAUCCUGGUGCAGUCAGAACAACCUUGAGCUCAACGCUGUAAAAACAGUAGAGGUGGUCGUUGAUUUAUUGCAGGCCCCUCUCUAAUGGCCAUUAUGGAGAAAGGUUUGCUACAUUGUGUCUGGAUUUUGGUGGGCUAACAAACAAAUGCCCAAUGUGCCAUCAGAUAAGGCUGCUAGGACUACUGCCAGACACAUUUUACGGGACAGGAUGAAAGUCUUACACAAAGUCUUCCACAGGAUUUCGCCUUAUCACCAAACUCUCUCUACUCUCAGGCCAGGGCAGCCACAAACCUCCUCAGGACCUCCAUAUUCCUGUUGAAAAAACAGAAUAUGCUGAUUAGGUAGGUUUUGAAGAAUGGUAGCUGGUUUAAGCUGGUCAUGUGCUGGUUUAUGCUGGUCCUGAGCUGGCUAAGGAUCAGCAGAUGACCAGCUUAAACAGGACAAACCAGCUAGCUAACAUGUUUAAAAGCUCACCUAACCAGCAUAUGUUGGUUUUUUCAACAGGGAUGUGGUUGGCCAUGCAGCAAGAUUGGCUAAAACAAAUAUCUGUGCAUUCUUUUAUAAUUUAAAAUUAUUACAUUAAUUAAAAUUUACAUUAAUUUGUGUUCCGAAGUUUGUGUUUAGUCCCCACAGGAUUUUGCGAAAAAAAAUGUGUGAUUUCUGCGAGCAAAAAAUGCUUAAUUUUGCAGCGGCUUUAUUCAAAUUUUGCGCUUAAAAAUUGCGGGGAUUUUGACGGAAUGUGCGAUGUGAUGAUGUCACAUGUCGCGUCUUUGGGGAAAUUAUGCAGAAAAAUCUGCAACAAUCUCUACAUUUAGAGUUUGUUUGAUUAUGCAUUAAAUUCUGUGAUCACAAAAUCCUGCAUGGACGGUGUUUUAAAAGUAUCCUUUCAAAAUGCACCUUUUUUGGUAGAUAUAAUUUGAUACUGACUGAAAUUCAAAUAAUUAACCAGAAUCAAUUGCUGUUUUUCUGCAGCUUCAGAUGUAGCUUGGUCAUUUGUAAUUUGACGAUUACAGCAGUCAUGACACCAUCUCACUUAAGCACAGCCGUAGCCUCUACGCCAUAGACUACCUGUCGGUUUUAAUUUAUACUUCUGCGUCGUUGUCCGCGUCGACAGGCAAUGACCACUAGGCGUCAGUGUCCACGCACAUGUUGCUUGUGUAACCAAGACAAGAGCCGAAUAAGAAGCAGCUCGUUUGAGAAGCAUUAGCAGUGGUAGCAGCAAAUAAACAGUCACUUUUGUUGCAGCUUGAGAUCUUGAAUACAGAAGAACAAAUAAUUUACUUGGAUAAUUCAUUUGGAAAUGCAUUUAAGUAAACAUGACGCUAUCGCAGAGUUUUUUGACCUGAGGGAGGGGUUCAAAUCUAGGGUUGGGUACCGGACUCUGUACUUUUAUGGGCACCGACCGAAUUACCUCGGUACUACAGAGUAUCGAUUCACAUUAAAUCAAUCGGUGCCGAAUUUCGGUACCCGAGAACGCAAAGCGAAAAUAAAACCGCUAAUAAAGCAGGAUGUACUAAUAAACGUACAAAAUGAAAAUAAACACUCGACUCUACGACUCUAUUAUCAUAUUUAUAACAUUUAUUUCACUUGUUCUUGUUUAGAAAAUUAAGAAUACACUCGCGUUAAGGAAAUGCGCACUCAGAGGCAGCCGGCACGCACACACAUACAUAACCAGUGUUGGGGAAAGUUACUUUUAAAAGUAACUAGUUACAAUAUUGAGUUACUCUAUAAAAAAGUAAGUAGAUGCUUUACUUGGGUACUUUUUGUGGAAAGCAACUGAAAGUACUUUUGCAUUACUUUUUCUCACUCAACUGAUGCUCAUGCUUUUCCAGACUUUGCUGUUCUUUAGUGUUUAACGCUGUAAUGAAUCUAACAAUCCUAUAACCUAUAACACACCUUUAUUUCCUUUAAAAAACACAUUUCAAAUAUUUCCUGACCAGUAGUCCUCCACCUCAUCAGAGCUCUGCCUACUGUUGACACUGCUAACUUCGGUGUCACUCCAUAUUUAUUGUUUUGACAGCACGGCUAGUUGCACAAGAUGGCGCCGGUGAGCUUUUGGGUCGGCAGAGUAGUUUCCAGUCGUAUAACACUGUUUGGGAAAAGGAGUAUUUUUGGCCGGCAAAUAUGGGUCUUAUUUUUAUUUUUUUUAAGUAAUAUAUAAGCGAUAUGACAGAUCCUCUUUGCAUUGCUGAGCACUUCAUUGAGCCAAAACAACUUGAUAGUGUUAUACGAAAUUAUGAUUAAUCUAACAUAUAUUAUAUAAUGUUAUUUUGAGGGGAAAAUGACAUUUAACAUAUUAUGUCGUAUAUAUGCUGGUAUUUGGUGAGGACACUAACAGAUGACAGUUGUUUCCUCUCUUUCUCCCAUGCUCUGCCCACUCCCCAACCCUUCUUCUAACAGUGACCAUGCCCAUUUAAAUCUGCAGAUCUGUCUGUGCGUGCAGCGCCACGAACAGUCGAACACAGCUCAUGUUUACAUUCACGAGGCAUGAGACCAUUGAUUGCUGUUGCGUGCCAUGACUUGCGCUAAUUUCUCGAUCUGAAAGUUAUCUUCCAAACAUGACCGGCAUUUGCAGGACAAUUGAUUGCUGUUGCAACUCGUUACUAGCGCUAAUUUUAAUUUGAAAGUUAUCUAUUGAGCAUGACCGGCAUUUGCAGGCAUUUUGUCCAUGGUCGCGAGAGCGGCCACACUAUAGAUCCACAUCUGAGCUCUGGCCUCCCAUCGCUGUGUCAAGGGUUGUCAGAUUUGCGUAACAAAAACGAAGCCGGAACACUGCAGCACUGCAGACAUGGCAACACUGCCUAUGUCUGACUAGCGACGGUUUCUGCGCAAGCAUCAUGUCUACACUACUUUUAAUUCAGAAUUUCACUUCUGCAGUUAAAAAAUGUUCAUAUAAAUCAAUGAUUAGACUGUUUUUCAAGUAACUCGAGUUACUUUUCAAAGUAACGAGUAUUGAUAUGUAAAUUUAUAAAGUAACUGCGUUACAUUACUCGCGAAUUAAAAAUGUACUCUGAUUACGUGACGCACGUUACUUGUAACGCGUUACCCCAACACUGCACAUAACACUGAAAUAAAUGUUUUUUUAUUACACAGAGAGUAAAGUACCAAAAAAAGGUACCGUUUGGUACCGGCACCGAAUUCCAGGUACCGUAUUAGUACCGGCUAAAAAGUGAACGGUACCCAACCCAAUCACAGUGCUUGCGGUCCGCGUUGAGUUGACGCAUUGUUACAUUUUUGGAGAGGUGUGCGUCAGGCUACAGUGUAGGGUACGUGGCUCUGUGUAGGUCCUACGCACGAGUAUAUACUGAGCUUUAGUAACAACCAAUUGACAGGCAUUCAAACACUAGACAUGCUAAAGAAACAGUUUCACUUUCAUGAGAUAUUAGGGCGGCUUGUCUAACAUGACAAAUCACAGGGCACGCUGCAUUCAGAUAACUUCCUCUUGCUGUACGUACUGUCAAGCCACUGAACUGGAAAAGCAGAGCAUGAAUACAGACUACAGCUCAACCUGAUGAUGUAAUUUCUCACUUAAAUGAGACCGCGUUUAUGGACAGCACUAUGUCCAUAAAGGCAUCACGUCAGAUCUCGAACUGCUCCUGUUCCAAUGACACCACUGAGUGGGAUAAUGCUAUGAACCAGCUCUACACCUACUUUUACCUUAUUAUCUUCAUCCCAGGCCUACUGGGCAACACUUUAGCUCUUUGGGUGCUGUGCAGAUUCAUAAGCAAGAAGACAAAAGCCAUUAUCUUCAUGAUUAAUCUGGCAGUGGCUGACCUGGCUCAAGUCUUAUCUCUGCCACUUCGAAUUCACUACUACAUCAAACAGGAUUGGCCUUUUGGCAAUGAGUUAUGCCUGUUAUGUUUUUAUCUGAAAUAUCUUAACAUGUACGCCAGCAUUGCCUUUCUGGUGUGCAUCAGCAUCCAGCGCUGUGCCUUUAUCUUGCACCCAUUCUGGACCAAGAAAUGGAGGCGCCGCUAUGACGUUUGCAUCAGCAUUGUUUUGUGGGUUAUUGUGAGUAUUUCCUGUUCACCUUUUAUUUUAAUGAGGAAGGGAAAUUCAGGAAAUUACAGUACCUGCUUCAGGGACCUGCCAAUGGUCAAACUGGAUUUAUACUCUGCCAUUUCUAUGAUGAUCGCUGGAGAACUCUUGGGAUUUGUGGGCCCGUUGAUUAUCAUUGGCUUCUGUACCUACUUAAUAGUGAACUCUUUGAAACAUAAUUACUCAUGCCAGCAGUCCACCAGCGACAAUAAGAAGGCCUUGCACCUGGUCGGGCUGUGCACAGGAGUCUUCUGUUUCUGUUUCGCCCCCUACCACAUCAACUUUCUGCUCUACCUGAUGGUAACCCAGUGCAUUAUUACAAACUGUGAAUUUACUUUGGCUGUCAAAAGGUUUCAUCCCAUUUCUCUUUGCAUGGCGAGUCUUAACUGCUGCCUGAACCCACUCAUUUAUUACUUCCUGACUACUGAGUUCAGGCAGCAGUUAUCCCGCCAGGGCAUAUCUGUGCUCCAAGGCCGUCUGAUGAGCAUGGAAAGAACAUCUUCCUUUAGGGAGUGAGAAAUGACUAGCAUGCAUAUUAACCCCACAUAACAUUGACGUGGUAGUUGCAGUAGCAUUUUCUGCUGGCAGCAAAAGAUCUAACUUAAAAAAUGCUCCUAUGGGAGCCCUUUAAAUUUCAAGGAAGAGACAAACAACCUAUACAGUCAUAUGGCUUGGAGAAGUGGUUCCCAACCCUGGUCCUCAGGUCCCCUCCCAGAAUUUUUUAUAUCUCUCCCUAUAUUCCCUACCUAAUUCAAAUUAUCAGAUGGUUAGUGUGUUAAUUAGGGAGAUUAUUAUAUAUAUAAAGGGAGACAUCUAAAACAUUCUGGGAGGGGGGGUGAGGACGAGGGUUGGGAACCAAUGGGUUGGAGGAUAGGUUGGUUAAUUUAGAAAUGUGCUGUUGUUUAUAUUAUUAUUAUUAUUAUGUUCACUCAUGUUCAUUGUUAUUUUAUUGCAUUUACAAUUGAAUCUUUUUGUAAAGUGUUGCCAAUUGUUAAUUCCAAGCGAAGAAAAUUAAAUUAUAUUAGCCACGUUCACACAGCA